AUGAGAGAGCGUAUCACCUUCCUUCACCGUCCAGACGAUGCAUUGGACCCGAAGCAGCUUCAGCUCCAGAAUGAUACCCUACAUGUCACAUUCUUGAAGGCUGCUCGAGAAGACAAAUUAACUGUCGGCUUGUAUGAGCUUCCCCAAGAGCUAUGGCGAGCUCUGAAGCAAUGUUAUGAAUUACACAUACGAUGGAUCUCACCCAAUCCCUACCUCUCCGUAGCGCCCUUCGUCUCCACAGCCUCUCCCGGACUCCAUGUCUUCUUCACUCCACAGAGAGAUAAAUCUGCUGACCUACUUUGUCCACUGCUCUCCAAGACAUUUGGAGCACGUGUAGAUUGCAGAACGCCUGAGGACACUUUCAUCCACCUUCCCGUCGCAUCUAAAAGAUUCGCUUCCUCUGCCGCAUUUCAACACUACCAACCCCUCCCCUCUUUGACCGACCUGGCCACUUACCUACACCAAAGAAUAUGUCCCGAAGAAGACGAAUCCUGUAGACGUCGAGCAGCUUCUUUGAAGUCUGCAGACUACCUAGAUAUCGACUAUGAUACUCUCUCACAAUCCCUCGUCCUCAGUGCCUUCUGGCAUUCCCCUCCGCUAACAGAAGCCUGGAAUGAGCGGAUCGACAAAAGCAAAGCUUCUGACAAGGUUGAGAUUGGGGUGCUGGCAAGUGAGAAGCCUGCUCAGCCAGAAGAGCUUUCAUUAGCCGGCUUUCUAGCAGUGGUUGGAGAAGAUAGCAAACCCAACCCAACCCUCUUCUCAUUCCCUUCCCGCCACCAUGUUGCCGCUUCAACGUCCGGUACAGAAUAUUCCACGGCUUUCCUGGAGCCGAUUGGUCUCCAUCCCACCCUUCGCUUGACAUUGUCUUCCUCCACAGACCCUCCUACAGACGGCUGCGCUCUUCAUACCUACCUCACUUUGCCGUCUUCUCUGUUCUUAGACAAGUAUCAGCUAUCUUCUUCAAAUUUUCUGGCUUCCAAGAAUCUCCACUCUAUCCGCUCUCUGGCCGGAGAGACCGACCUUGAGGCUCCAAUCUGGACGGUCUCCAAAUGGGGCUCCACUCUUCUGCUUGAACUUGCGCCUCCGCCUUCCACUUCCGGUCUUCGUUCUGCUGGGACAGUCAAGGAGCCAGGAGGUUCGUGGCAUGCAGACGUCCCACUCCAUCUUCGCUAUCUUCCACCCAAUCGAGAGGGACACGCUUUUGUAUCAGUAGCCUGGCCUAUCGUCUUCUGGGCGUGCCCCUCAGAUGAAGGCACGAAAAUGAGUACUAAUCCCUUCGAUCGUGUGAAUCUCGGCUAUGAUGGAUUAUUCGGACCAAGGACAAUGUUUUAUCAUUUGCAGCCUGCGAGCGGCGGCGAGUCUUUGUUGGAAGAAAUCUUAGUGCCUGUGCUAGAUAUGGAAGGCUCGAAGAUGAAGUGGGUACAAUCUGGGACUGUGACGACGGUGGUUCUUGGAUUUCUGUGGGUGUGUCUUAAAUUGCUUGCAGUGAAUCGGGGAAGUUUAGGGAGGAAAGGAGGUAGGUGGAAGGGAGACUGA